AUUAUUUAAAUUCGUAUGUAAAAUUCAUAAUUUUCGUAAACUAUCUAAUUGAAUAAUAUUAUUGAUAUUGUAAUACUGAUUUUAUUACAAGCACAUGUUUCUCUUUACAAUUUUGUAAUAAUCAUUUGCGUUCAACAUUUUUAGGUUAUGCGGAUAUAAACUAUAAGACACUAAGGGAUUCACUAUGGUGGAAGUAAGUAAGCAUCUGUUCGACGAGAAAUGCAAGGAUGCUAGCUGUCAGAUAUUGCUGCACCCGUGGCAUUCCAAUUGCUUCAUAUCAACAAUACCGGCGUAUAAAAAUUCAUUUUUGGGCAGCGCGAAAUUUUAUUUAAUCAUACAUCUGGUACAAAAUGUGAUGCGUGGUAGAAAAGCAUUUAAGAAGAAGGAAAUAAUACAAAUGGGAGAAUAUUAUUUGAGAUCGACAAUUCUCGGUGGAUUGAUCUCAGGCAGUUGUGUUACAUUUGGUUGUUUAUUUAGGUGGCUUUUAGGUUACAAAAUGAAUUAUUAUACUUAUUUAUUUUUACCAAGUGUGAUAAAUGGAGUUUGCAUACUGCUGGAACCACCCAAUAGAAGAGGAUUGAUUAUAAAUUUAUUCUCUAACUUAACAAUCGAGUUUAUAUUAAGGAGCUGGGAAAGAUCUGGUCAUUUAACGCUGACUACAACUAAGAAAACUUUAAUGUUUAUGAUGGGUAGUGCUGUCCUGUUCUAUUUAUUGCGAUUAGAAGGAGAUAAAGCGUCUAGAACACCACUAUUGUGGUUAUUUACUCCAGAAAAAGUUAAACGUAAAACAGAUGAUACAAAAUCAUUUUGCCCCCACGAUGAUGUUUGUUGGAAAUACGUGUUGAAGGGUUCAGCAACUUAUUUUGGUGUCGGCGCUGCUGUAAGCCUAGCUCAAGUUGUUUUACCAAAAAUUACAUCUCCUUUAAAAGCCUUGUCCUCAAUCCGAGGAUCACAUUUGAAAUUGGCGCUUUUCUUUGGAAGUUAUAUCGGUAUUUACAGAUCUGUAAUAUGUUACUUGUGUCAAAAGCGAAAAGGUGACUCGGCUCUAUACGCCUUGCCGGCUGGGUACCUCGCCGGCUUGUCGUUCAUAUUUAAACCGAGUCUAGGCUUUGCGAUAGCCUCAUUAACUGGUGCUUUUAAGAUAUAUUCAACGACACUUUAUGAAAAGAAGAUAUUGCCAGAGAACAUUCCACUGCCCGUUAUAUUGUAUUGUCUUUGCCAAGGAACUCUCUUCCAUGCACGCUUUAUGCAUCCCGAUGUGUGUCCGAGUUAUGUUUUUAAACUUAUGAAAUCCGUCAGUAAUGGAACUUCUGAACAAAUUUAUUCAAAUUUUAUGGAGAUUCUCAAAACCCAAACGUAAUUUGUAUUUUUUUACGUGAUUUAUAAUUUAAUGGCAUUGGUGGAAAGGUUUACAAAUGUGAUAUUUUUAUAUAAAUAUCUUAAGGUUAUAUUUGUAUUUUUUUAAUAAAUAUUAUAAUUUAUUAUA